AUGACCGACCAAAUCCAACUCAAUUCCUCAAAGCUAGGAACCAAGGAAUAGUACGUUUGAACAAAUUGAGCCAAAAUCACAAUCAAAACAUCGCAUCACUAACAAUAGGAAAAAAAAAAUUGAAGCUGGAAUGAUUUCUACAGGAGAGAACAGCGGAAUUUCCAAGAUAACGAAGAAGACACGGGAGAAUGCUGGUUCGAUGACUCCGACGCCGAGUCCAAAAUGAUCGAGUUCAUCAUCAACCACAUCAACGAAGGAACGCUCCCCGCGGGCCUCAACCACAAACUGCAACUUCUGUUUGUAGAUUUAGGCACGGGAAACGGCCACUUGUUGUUCCAAAUGCACGAGGACUUUGAGCAAGAUAUUGAGAACCCCGAAAUCAGUUUCAAAUUCCAUGGCAUUGACUAUUCUCCAGACUCAGUUGCGUUCGCCAAGGAUAUCGCGGCUAAAAAAUACGCCGACGCUUCAUUGGACAAGGCCAAUUUCCAAUUCGAUCAAGUGGAUCUCCUAUCUGCCAACGCUGACUUUCUCGACUCGCACAAGUUUGACUUCGUGUUGGAUAAAGGCACGUUGGACGCGAUCGCAUUGAACCAGGACCCCAUCGCUGCGCUCGAUGGGAAAAGAGGCAUGGACGUGUAUGCUAGUCAAGUGGCGAGGAUGAUGCACCCGGACUCGGUUUUCUUGAUCACGUCGUGCAAUUUCACCGAGCUGGAGUUGGUUAUGCUAAUUACGCUGAGCACUGAUCUUAGAGUAUGGUCGAAGGUCGAGUAUCCGAACUUCUCAUUUGGUGGACAAAAAGGUUCAACAGUGGUGAGUAUCGCUUUCGUAAAGAAAUAG